AUGCUUUUAUUUUUAUCAUAAAAUGUACCCUUCGACGUAUUGAAAUCAGUGAUAUCUUGGAACAUUAAUGUUAAGGUGAUUUGACACAGUAUGGAUUGGUGCUAUUGGCUUGAUGUACGAGGGCAUUUCCUCUGGAAAUGAAUGAAUGAAUGAAUGAAUGAAUGAGUGAGGUGGUGUGCAUGCGUGCCGCCCCGAGAGCGCGCGAGUGACCGUUGGGGUGGCGUGUGUGUGUUGCAGCCGUGCGGUUCGGGCGCGUGCCGAAGCGCGAGAAGGCGCGCAUCCUGGCCGCCAUGCAGCUCAGCUCCAACUCGCGCUCGUACGAGAAGGCGCUCGCCGCCGAGCUGGAGGACGAGCAGCGCCUGCUGGCCACGGUGGUGCGCGCGCACCUCGACACCUGCGACUUCACGCGCGACAAGGUGGCGCCCCUGCUGCAGCGCGCGCGCGAGCAGCCCUGCUACACCGCCUGCCCCGCCACGCUGGCGUGCCCGCUGAAUCCCAACACGCAGCCCCUGGCCGGGCAGCAGGAGCUCCUGCAAGACUUCUCCAAGCGUUUCUCGCCCGCCAUCCGCGGCGUGGUCGAGUUCGCCAAGCGCAUCCCCGGCUUCUCGCUGCUGCCGCAGGAUGACCAAGUGACGCUCCUCAAAGCGGGCGUCUUCGAGGUGCUGUUGGUGCGCCUCGCCUGUAUGUUCGACUCGCAGACGAACAGCAUGAUCUGCCUGAACGGGCAAGUGCUGCGCCGCGACGCCAUCCACUCGUCGUCGAACGCGCGCUUCCUCAUGGACUCCAUGUUCGACUUCGCCGAGCGCCUGAACGCGCUGCGCCUGUCGGACGCCGAGGUGGGGCUCUUCUGCGCGGUGGUGGUGAUCGCCCCCGACCGCCCGGGGCUGCGCAGCACCGAUCUCAUCGAGCGCAUGCAGGCCAAGCUGCGCGCCGCGCUGCAGGCGGUCGUGGCGCAGAACCACCCGUCUCAGCCCGCCGCCUGCCUCGAGCUCAUGAAGAAGGUGCCCGACCUGCGCACGCUCAACACGCUGCACUCCGAGAAGCUGCUGGCCUUCAAGAUGACCGAGCAGCAGCAACAGCAGCAGCAGCAACAACAGCAGCAGCAACAGCAGCAGAUGUGGGGCUGCGACCAGGACGACAGCGCGGCGAGCGCGUCCCCGCCCGCGUCGUGCUCGUGGUCGUCGGGGUCGGACGCCGCCAUGGACGAGGCGGUGAAGAGCCCGCUGGGGUCGGUGUCGUCGACCGAGUCGCUGUGCUCGGGUGAGGUGGCGGCGCUGUCCGCCGGCGUGGGCGUGGCCCCGCAGAUGGAGUUCAGCGCGCAGGCCAGCGCCGCGCCGCUGCUGGCGGCCACGCUGGCCGGCUGCCCGCUGCGGCCGCGCCCGCCCUCCGGCUCCUCGGGCGACGAGGAGCCCACGCGGACGCUGCUGCACCACUCGUCCAUGCCGCACCUGACGCACCUG